UUUUGCCAAUUUCAUAUUCGCCGCCGCCGCUGCCUGCCACUAGUACGUCUGCGUCUGCAGGUCAACGCCUGGAAAAACUUUUAAAUAUUGUAGAAAAGUACCGAAAAUAAUUAAAAAAGUAAAGAAUUACGUGCCGUGAAGUGCAGAUAGUGUUGGUGACAACAAAUAACCAGUAAGUUUGACGCUAAAUCUUGGAGUGUUUGUGCAAUUGGUUGGUGCGAAAAAAUAAGAAAAAAACGCCAAAGCAAUAAAAAAGAAGAAGAGUGGCUGCAAUAAGCAUCACAAGGGGACAGCAUUGCAAGCGUUGUUGCCAAAAGAAGGCGUUGGAUACACACAACGAGGAAAGCAGUCCAAAGCCAAAGGUGAGGAAAGCAAAAAGCCAAGAGCUGGGGCGAAGUAAAGGCGAGAAAUAAAAUCAAUUAUUUUGGGAAGGGGUAAAACUGUUAUAACAAUUUGUUUUCCUUCACAUUAUAUCCACGUGCUAUAUAAGUUAUACCUAGCUGCGUAUUUUGUUCCCGCUUUUAUUUCGCAACAUACCGGUGUUGAUAGCUUGUGCACCGACAACUUACAUCCGCACCGGCGUUUCAACAUUGAUUUUUCGAAGCGUUUUUUAGAAAAUUUGUAUUAUUUCGUGUUAGGAAAAUUUUGCCGCUAAACUGUUUUGACGAGUUGAGUAUUGCAAUAUGGGUGCGUACCUAUCCGAACCGAAAACGGACAAGGUGUCUACGGACGAGUCCAAUGAUAUAUUGACUAUAGGAGCCAGCUCUAUGCAAGGUUGGCGCAAUAAUCAGGAGGAUGCUCACAAUUCCAUUUUAAACUUUGAUGUAAAUACCUCAUUUUUUGCCGUUUACGAUGGUCAUGGAGGGGCCGAAGUGGCCACCUAUUGCGCAGAUAAACUACCACAAUUUCUCAAAGAGUUAUCUUCUUAUAAAGAUAGUAAAUUUGAAGAAGCAUUGAAAGAGGCAUUUCUGGGUUUUGAUAAAACACUGUUAGAACCGCAAGUGGUUGAAAUAUUAAAAGUACUUGCCGGAGAAAAAGGAUUUGAUGGCGAUGAUAGUGAUGCCCAUGACGAUGAUGAAGAUUUUGAAGACUUGGCUGAAUUGCAUGAAGAAAGUCAUUUACCGUUAGAUGAAGUAUUGGAAAAGUAUAAAGGCGGGCCAUCUAUGCCAUCUUUAAAGAGAUUAAAAGAUGGUGCAUCUGGCGCAAAGCCACAAUCACCAUAUUUACGUGGGAGGCGAGCAGCAGCAGUAAUAGCCGAUGCCACAAAUAAAGCUGUAUUGGAUCCAGAUUCUAAGCCACAAGGCUCAUCUACAUCAGCUGCGGCUGCAGCAUUAUCCACUGCAACCGGACCGAGUUCUUCACACAAACUUAGUGCAUGCGCUUCUGGAGCUUCAUCAUCGAAGACAAUUUCUAUCACUCCAGAAUCAGGCCCAAGUCCUUCGAUUAGUGGCAAUAUAUCUAAAAUGGACACCGAAGAACCGGAAGAAGACUCUACAGUUAGUAGCAGCAGUUCUAGUGGAAGUAAACCCCAUAAUAAUAAUAAUACAACAGAUAUAGAAAUAAGCAAAUCUGAAGACAAUGUGGAGAAAACUUCAGCAAACGGACCUAUGGCUUCGGCAGCAACCAAUAUUGAUGUUUGCCCAGAUUCGUCUCACACCAAAGAGGUUGAGCAGAAUGGUAGUGUAUCAUCCUCAGAGAAAAAAGCAAUCAAAAAACAAAAUUCUCCCUUUGCUGAUAUGGACACAACCGUUUCUGGUUCAAAUGAUGCUGCAAGACGAAUACAAAAUGGUACCAUUGGAAGUACAUCAUCAUCUGCGGGAAACAAACAAAUUGCUGGCAGCGCUACAAUUACAUCCACCAGCAAGGAUCCGAAAAAGUCUAAGAAAACGGAUGUUAGUGGCGAAGACGAAUCCACCGAUGAUGAUGCUGACUAUGAAGAAAGUGCAGAAGAAGGUGAAACUAGACAUGGCUGGGUUUACUCUUCAGAAGACGAAGAAAUUGAAGAAGCUGAAAAUUCGAGUGCAUUUUCGUCGGAUGAAGAAAAUGAGGAAGAAGAGGCAGAGGAGGAUGAGGAAAGCGCACUUGCCAACGAUCAAUUCUGUGCAGAUAUGAUAGAGGAACCUGGCAAAGAUAGUGGCUGUACUGCUGUAGUUGCACUAUUAAACGGUAGGGACCUAUAUGUAGCGAAUGCGGGUGAUUCCCGUUGUGUAGUGUGUCGCAAUGGAAAGGCAAUAGACAUGAGCUUGGAUCACAAACCAGAAGAUGAAGAAGAGUCGGCACGUAUCAUAAAAGCUGGUGGUCGUGUUACUUUAGACGGACGUGUUAACGGUGGCUUGAAUCUUUCACGAGCUAUUGGCGAUCAUGCCUACAAAAUGAAUCUGGAACUGUCCGCGGAAGAUCAAAUGAUAUCUGCUUUGCCAGAUGUGCGAAAACUUAUUAUCACACCAGAGGACGAAUUUAUGGUAUUGGCUUGUGAUGGCAUUUGGAAUUAUUUAUCCAGCGAGGAAGUAGUCGAUUUUAUUCGUCAACGUUUGAAGGACGAUUCCAAAAAGAUUUCACAAAUAUGUGAGGAGCUCUUCGAUACAUGUUUAGCUCCUAAUACCAUUGGCGAUGGCACGGGCUGUGACAAUAUGACAGCAGUCAUUGUUCGUUUUGAAUCUAAAAUACUAGACAUGCCAACUAAAAUUAAUCCUGACGAAAUAGUGCUUAUUAAGGAUAUUGUCGCUAAAACCUCUCCCAUCGAUGCCAGUGCACAGCAGAAAGAACAGCAAUGUCUUAAACGCGCGGCUUCUCCAACAUCCGAUGAAAACUCCAGCGAAGCCGAUAAUGCAAACAAAACCAAACGCUUGAAGACUGACGAGGAAACUUCCUCAACAACAAAUGCUAUAAACAAGGUCACAGUUGAGACAUCCACAUCCAGUAAUAAUGAUACCGCAGCUAGCAGCAGCACUUCAGAAGCUGCGGCAGCGGUUGCGAGCAUUACGGAGCAAAAGGAUUGCGAUAGCAACACUACUGCAAGCACCAAUGAAGAAGUGGAUUCCGACAAUAUCGCAGAGUCGUCGACGUAAAUCUGUAGUAUUGCGUUUAUUUACAAAUGAAAUUUGUCAACAACAACAACAAGCAGCAAAAAAUUGGACUGUGUAGAUCCAAUUUUCAAUUGGCUCCAAUUAUUAAUAUAAAGAAAGAAAUUGUAUGUUCUAUUUUUAAGAAAAUCACAAAGCCUCGUCUACAAGAAAGUUCAUAUAUUUCACAAUGGCUAAUAGUAAGAUUUUAAAACGAUUUAAGGAAGAUUCAAUAUCCCGUUUACAGUGAAUGCGCGUAAUACCUUUUGUACGAAAAAAUUUACCAAUCUCAUAGGAACAAGAAAGAGCUGCAACAUUUUCUUUCAGCGAAGGAUUAUUAUAAUUUAUCAUAAAAAUAGAAUAUUAAUAAACUAA